AGGGAAUUUCCAGUGGGGAAGGAAAUCAACUUUAUGAACCUCAGACUCAAACCUGGUGUCACCUGCGGGACUCCGUCGCUUGGUUUUUUGGGGAAUAAAAAUCACUUUAUUCACUCGGAUUAACAUUAUUUUUAAUUUUAUAAAGUGUAAUGACGCGGUCGCAUCGCGUCAUGACGCACUCCAGUUAAAGUGUAGCUGCUGGUAAUGGAUCCACUGGUUCAGCAUGGGCAUGGCGAAAUGAUGAGCAAAAGUCAACUGAAGUGAAGUGGACUGAGGACUGUCACUCACCCCGACUCUUCACCUGACCGAGCUAACCAGGUGAGAACAGACACCAUGGCUGGAGACGACCACUACCUUCAUACUUCCAACCAGAUUUUUGACAACAUCAUGAUGGAUCCGUCGUGGGAGUUUCCACAUUUUCCUGCGAUGUCUCAGACCGCGUCACUGAGGACAGUGGACGGACCAUACCUGCAGAUCCUGGAGCAGCCGAAGCAGCGUGGCUUCAGGUUCAGAUAUGGCUGCGAGGGCCCAUCUCACGGCGGUCUGCCCGGAGCGUCCAGCGAGAAGAACAGGAAGACCUACCCUACUGUCAAGGUAACACUUCCUGUCUGUUCAGUGCUCAAGCAUUACUGUAUGUAUUGUCUCUGCAGAGGUGUGAUGUCUUUAAUCGGGUCAGAGUUGCUGUUGAACUGACAGCAGCUUGACUUCUAAACUUUGCUGAUGAGGCUAAAAAUAAUGUCCAGGAAGUGAUGAAAACCAUUAGAUGCACAGAGAGGAAUGAGAGCUGUGAACACAGAGCGUGGUCGACUUCUGUUUGCAGAAACAAGGAGGAAAUAAAACCCUGAGCUUCCUGUGGGGUGAAGAGAGAAUUUAUUACUGUGAAGUCGUCAGGCUGUCUCUGAAGUUUGAUGAGUUUCAUUUAAAGGCUCAGAUCCUCAGACAAAUAAACUGAUAGUUACAGAAUCAGGAGCACUGAGUGCACUGCAUGUUGCAUGUGCAAUGUGCAUGCAAUGUUGAAUAUUGUAGACAGAAUAUUGAUCUUUAUCUCUGAUUGGCUCUCUGAUCUGACAUGUGAUCAGCUCAGAGGAGAUAGUCACUGUUGUUACAGGUCUGAUCAGUCCUGGUCCUGGUUCAGCAGGUUGUGGGAUGGGGCGUUUACUGUAGGUCACCUUUUACCUGCAGGGUGGUGUUGGUCUGUGUCUGUCACAGUCCCACAGGAGCUUAAGUUUCCCGUUGUGUUGUUUCUGUUGAUGUUUAGUUUGGAGUCU